AUGGUAUCACAAAACAACGCAACUCCGUCAAUCCCUAAUCAAGCCAUGCCAAAUAACAUUGAUCCAAUAAAUUUUGGCAAAUACGAUUUUUUACUUUCACAACUAACUGAUGAAGAAUUGCAAAUAAUACGAAAUCCACCCUUGACUCUGUCUCUAACUAUUGAAGAAUUUUUCGCUCCUGCAAAGAGACCUACAAAAAACCCAAACCCACCUCGUUCAUUAAAUAUUAAAGCAGAAGAAAAAGUCAAACGUUUCUUCCAAAUUUUAGCAAAACUUCAUAAACUAUAUCAUGAACUUAAAUAUCCCUUC